UUAGGCACCCGGCGGUAAUCAAUUUAGCCGCAGAUGCGCGAGAAUAAAAGAUGAAUGCGAUCUGUAAUCCGCAACACCUGCUCCGCCGCCGGAUCGGUAACGGCACUCCAAACAAAGGCUCGAGCUGGAAUUAAAGUGCUUAAUUAAAAGGCCACUGAUCAGUGCGCUAUUUAUAGGCGCACGGCGGGGAGACUCUCCUAGGUUAUUUCGGUUUUAGCGAGUCGAAGGAAAACAUCGUUCGCUCGUUUCAUAAACACGGAGGCUGCCCUACUGCUCGCCGUUUCCCCAUUUAAGACGAGCCCUGUCAGAGCUGCGCUGCUGUCUUGUCUUAUCUUUUUUGAGGACUGGGAGACGUGCCUGGGUUCUCAAUCUCGCGCUGACAUUGCGCAUGCGUGAUCCGGCCGCGGCGCCGAGAUGCAGCUGUGGGAUGCGGAGAGGGGAGUCCCGACUCUGCGCGGUCGAUGUUAACCUCUUUCUGGGUCCGAGCAAACGCAGCGGGUGGUCUGUUCCCUGGAGACCGCCUUGAGGAGGGAGGAGAGAGAGCGAGGGAGAGAAAAGAGGAGGCGCUCGUUACAACAGUCACCAACCUGUGGAUGGUGGCGGCGCGUGCUGCGGAUUAGAGACAGUCUCGCGCUGGGGUCAGUGCGCGCGAGCCGUCUCGAGGCGCGACGGUUGCUGCCAGGACCGCGAACACAAGUGCCAGACAUGCGCUGCUUGUGAAGAAGAGCUCUGGCUGUAUGAAUGGCCCCGCUAUGGAAGAAGUUCCGUUUCCCAGAGUCUGCACGCGGCGGAGGAAAAGUCGCUGCCUGGCCGGCGCGUGCGAGCGCGAGUUUGACUGCAAGGAGCUCGAGACUCUCUUCCAGAAGUACAACCUGAAGCUCGAGCAGACCGCGACGCUCAAAGCACUGGCCAUCCUCAUCCUCGCCGCGUCCGCGCUGGCGCUCGUGGAGCUGCUCUCCGCCGGCUCGCGCUUCACCGUGUCCAAGGGCUCGCACCCGGUCCACUGCGUCAUCUUCACCUCACUCUUCAUCGUCACCAACGUCAAAUAUCUGCAGGUCACGCAGCUGCAGCAGAUCGCGCGGCUCGCGCUGCUCUUCAGCUUCACGUUCGCGUUGCUCUGUUGCCCGUUUCCUCUGGUGCUGGGUCACGGGACGCAGGGCGCGCAGGGGCCUGACGCACCGAGCGCUACACCUGAGCAAGGUGUCUGGCAGCUGAUGCUCGUUACGUUCGUUGCCUACUCUCUGCUACCGGUCAGGACGCUCUUGGCGGUUUUGUUUGGCAUCUUGGUGGCUGCUUCGCAUUUCAUUGUGACGGCGACAUCGGUAACGGCGCGUGGACCUCGCGUGUGGACACCGCUGGUAGCAAAUGCAGUGUUGUUGGUCGGCGUGAAUCUGUCGGGUGUGUUUGUGCGAGUCCUUACUGAGCGCGCCCAGAGGAAGGCCUUCCUACAGGCCAGAAACUGCAUCCAACAGCGCCUGCAACUAGAGGACGAGAAUGAGAAACAGGAACGCCUUCUCAUGAGCCUGCUGCCCAGAAAUGUUGCCAUGGAGAUGAAGGAGGACUUCCUGAAGCCACCAGAAAGAAUCUUCCAUAAGAUAUACAUCCAACGACAUGACAACGUCAGCAUCCUGUUUGCAGACAUUGUGGGCUUUACCAGUCUAGCUUCACAGUGCACGGCCCAGGAGCUGGUCAAACUGCUGAACGAACUCUUCGGGAAGUUUGAUGAACUCGCUACAGAAAACCAUUGCAGGAGGAUUAAGAUCUUGGGAGACUGUUAUUACUGUGUGUCUGGCCUGACCCAGCCCAAAGCGGACCACGCUCACUGCUGUGUGGAGAUGGGUCUGGACAUGAUCGACACCAUCACGUCUGUUGCGGAAGCGACUGAGGUGAACCUAAACAUGCGUGUGGGUUUGCACACGGGCCGUGUGCUCUGCGGUGUUCUGGGGCUCCGCAAGUGGCAGUAUGACGUCUGGUCCAAUGAUGUGACACUGGCCAACAUGAUGGAGGCAGGAGGAUUGCCUGGGAAGGUUCAUAUCACCAAGGCAACGCUGGAAUGUCUGAAUGGAGAUUACGAGGUGGAGCCAGGACUUGGCCACGAGAGACACGCUUUCCUUAGCAAACACGCCAUCGAGACGUUCUUCAUCGUGCCCUCACAUAGACGCAAGAUUUUUCCUGGGCUGAUCCUAUCAGACAUAAAGCCAGCGAAAAGGAUGAAGUUUAAGACAGUCUGUUACCUGCUGGUGCAGCUCAUGCACUGCAGAAAGAUGUUCAAGGCUGAGAUCCCUUUCUCCAACGUCAUGACCUGUGAGGAUGAUGACAAGAGACGAGCGCUACGAACAGCUUCUGAGAAGCUGCGCAAUCGGACGUCAUUUUCGGCAGGCAUGGUGCAGAACUCUCCCGGGACCAGAGUGAACCGUUACAUUGGCCGUCUGAUAGAAGCACGACAGACGGAGUCAGAGACGGCAGACCUCAACUUCUUUACCCUCACGUACAGGAGCAGCGAGAGAGAGCAGAGAUAUCAGCAAGUGUAUGACGAUGCCUUCAUCAGUGCGGUGGUUAUCUCGCUUGUCCUCACUUCAUUUUUUGCAGUGGUCUAUUUUCUCAUCAUUCCUCAAGGUCUUCUGGUUGUGAUUCUGCUGGUUCUCUGUUUGUGUUUCCACAUGGCAAGUGUGAUGUACCUUCACAUCACUCAUGUGCAGUGCUCUCCUGACUGUCUGACCCUGCAGAUCAGAACGGUUGUGUGUGGGUUUCUGGUGCUGCUGAUGUACUCCGUGACCCAGGGGUGUGUGGUGGAAUGUGUACCGUGGUCACUGGAGGGGAAUUCCAAUGUCUCUAUGGUGACAAUUGUCACAGUCAACCGGACCAGUGUGGGCUACGGGGUGUGCAAAUACACUCCGUACGUAUUUUUAUCAUGUGUGAUGGCUUCGCUAUCUGUGGCUCUGUACCUCCGUGUGUCAUCACUACCCAAGAUCCUCCUGCUUCUCCUUCUCAACAUCCUCCACACUGUCGUCAUGGAGACUAGCGGCUAUCGGAAGGCCAUAGGAGGUGGAUUCUUUCACACAUACAGCUAUGACCCGGUUCUGGCAAUGCUGCUGUUUUCUGGAGCUCUGGUGCUUCACUGCAGACAGCUGGAUCUCAAACUCAGACUGGACUACCUCUGGGCCACCCAGGCUGAGGAGGAGAGAGAUGACAUGGAGAGAGUGAAGCUGGACAAUAAGAGGAUUCUGUUCAACCUUCUGCCUGCACAUGUAGCUCAACACUUCCUGCUGUCCAACCCACGAAACAUGGACCUGUAUUAUCAGUCUUACUCUCAGGUGGGCGUCCUGUUCGCCUCCAUCCCCAACUUUAAUGACUUCUACAUUGAGCUGGAUGGAAACAACAUGGGUGUGGAAUGCCUCCGGCUGCUGAACGAGAUCAUCGCUGACUUUGAUGCGCUGAUGGACAAGGAAUGCUACAGAGACAUUGAGAAGAUCAAAACGAUUGGCAGUACUUACAUGGCUGCGGUCGGACUCGUCCCCACUGCGGAAUCCAAGGUAAAGAAGUCCAUUUCUGAGCACCUGUGCACAGUGGCUGAUUUCGCCAUCGAGAUGUUUGACGUACUGGAUGCGAUCAACUACCAGUCUUAUAAUGACUUUGUGCUUCGAGUUGGUAUCAACAUGGGUCCAGUAGUUGCUGGUGUAAUAGGGGCUCGCAGGCCUCAGUACGACAUCUGGGGAAACACAGUCAACGUCGCCAGCAGAAUGGACAGCACUGGAGUUCAGGGAAAAAUACAGGUGACCGAGGACGUCUUCCGCCUACUCUCCAGUUAUUAUCACUUCCAGUGUCGCGGCCAGGUCAGCGUGAAGGGCAAAGGUCAAAUGCUCACCUACUUUCUGGAAGGCCGAACUGCACAAGGCACGCAGCACACGCGAUCCAAGAGCCCCAAGGACGGGUCGAGUCCCUGCAUCCGGACCAAACUAGGAUCAGCGCCCGCUGUCAGCACCUACGGGGUGAAAAGUCACACCGUAGGGCACGUUAGCACCCCAAACAACAGCAUUCUGUACCUGCCCUCUGUAUCCGUCAACAUGGAGAUGGAGGUGUGAUCGCCAAGAAGACGGGUUCUACGGUGAUCAAUCGACGCAUUAGUAAUUCAGAGGCAGGGAGGGAAACCGAGCACAAGGUAGGAAGCAAGAUGAAAAACGAGGAGAGACGAGACAGUCUUUGCACAUUCAAACGUGCCAAACCGAGAAAGGCCCUCCCCCGUCACGCAUGCAUGUAUGUCUUUCCGUGUGCACGUAUGCGUGUGUUUUAAUGAGUCUUCCCCGACCAACAGGAUAUCAGGGUCUCCUAAACGGGAGCAUGCGAUCUACUGCAAAAGGCAGCUUCACACCAGCCGUGGAGAUACGUACCCACCGUGUGUGUGUGUGUGUGUGUGUGUGUGCGUCUGUGUUAUCUUGCAUCUGAAAAUGUCAAGAGAUGCCACGGCGAUGAAUAUUUUGAACAUGUGAGCGGUGAGGACCAAACGUUUCGUUUAAAACAGCGCUGUAUUUUGUAUGAGACUGAGUCAGGCCAGUUUCUGAGACGACGGAACACGUGUUGGGUUUUUCCCACCAGGACCAAGGAAAAGCUGGUUGCUCAUAUUGAGAUUUGCUUCAGAUAAAUUGUUUACAUGAAGAACACGUCACUGGUUUACAGACCU